AUGGCGUCCGACUGGCUCCAGGUCAGAACAGGUCCAUGUGGCCUAGUUCUGCUAGAAAAUCAAACUGCCUACGAAAUCCUCCCCAACGCCCACCGACACCAACUCAUCUUGGUAGUCGGGGGGAAGGAGAAGACGAAGUUUUUGGACACGGCCUGCCUCCGUAAGACAAAACACGCCGAUGGCAUUCGCCUUCAUGUCUUCUCUCCGUCGCUGACAGUUGCCGAUUGCGCUUUGCACGACAUGAAGAAACUCGAUGCUCUCCACGCUGUUCCGUCUGCGCGCGGCUCGGUGGCUCAACACGACCUGCAGACGGACCUUGUGCCGGGUGACUCGCACCACCGAAUUGCCCGCUUCGCCUACGACAUGUACUGGCGUCUUCUGGCGCCUUUCGUAUCCGUCAUCCUGCUGUUCAUGAGCGACCUGGGCGGCCCGUUGGGCGACAUGCUCGUGAUCAAGCUGUCGGCUCUGCUUCGUACGGCGGAGCCGUAUCGGGCGCGAACCCAAGCCGAUGUCGAGAAGCUGUUCAGGGCCUUUGGAGGCAUCGGCCUCAUCGUCCCCACCCCCGCUACUGUGACAAAGCAUGUGACGGAAGUAUGCCGCCUCCAGCAGCGCGCGCGUCUGGCCUUCCACGACCGCCAUCUGGCAUGGCUUCUCCGCAAUGGCGUGGCCCACUAUGUGCGCGGCCCGUACGGCCCCGUCGACGUUCAGCGCCUUGCGAGGCGGCACCGGCCGCCACCCACUAACCUGGCGGACCAUAUGGCCGAGUUCGUCAAGGUCAGCUAUGUAGUAAAGAUCGACCAUGUCGAGGUGAUCGCGUCGGCACUGGAUCUCGACGCCCACCCACCUGUCUUCACCCCGGCCUCGACGUUCGACACGUUCUACGCGGCCGCCCUACUCCGCGUAGGUGCCGACUUCCAGGCGCCGACCAUCCGCGAAGCCUUUGUCCGUAUUGCUGUGGAGAGGCGCUCUCGUUCGUCGGCGGAGGCGCACCUUCGUUUGUUGAGUAAGUACCAGGUGGCUUGGAUGGGCUGCUACAGCACGCAUGUAUGCCUCGUGUGCCUCGUACACGAGCCGCGGCGGGCACCGCUGCCCUGCGGGCACCAGCUCUGCGAGACUUGCGUCGUGCUCGGCGGCGAACCGUCUCUGUCCGACCUAUGGCAGUUCCAAAUCGCCAAAUGUCCGUUAUGCCGUAUGCAUUGCGACACAUGGGUUACCCUACAACCUCCGACGGCAGGCUCGAGGGUACUAUGGCUGGGCGGGUUGCUGGAACAGAAGAUGGCUGUCGCGCAGUUUCUCAAAGAGCUCCAGGCACUCGUCGGUUUGGCAAUGUCCCUCUUGCGGGAUCGCUUCGACGUAAUAGUCGGCUCAGAUAUCGGGGCCUUUUUCGUACAGAUGAUGGUGACCGAGCAGUGGGACCUGGCCGACUGCGUAUAUCACUUGCCACGGCUCACCGCGCUACGGCUGCGAGCAGGAAACACAGUAGUGUCCUAUGGGAAGAAUUUGGACUGGGAGCUUCGUCGAGUGGAGCAGUUCAACGGAACGCGCGUGGUGAUCGACAUCCAAGGCCGUGUAGUAACCAACGGUGCUACAACCAUGUCUGCAGACCCUGCUCUGGCCCAGGCCACCGCUCGCCGCUCGCCGGAUGUCGUGGUCGAGUGUUGCGGAGAACCUUAUGACGCGGAGUAUCUACGGACCGCCGCUGUAAAAAUGACCGCCAGUCUCUUUUUUAUCGAGCUUCGGUGUAUACCGACCUUCUCCUCCGGGCAGGCCGUGGCACGAGUCGAACUACAGUGCCGCUUGCGGACGGGACCGCCGUUGUUCACCCUCUUAGCAAGGCUGCGGCAGUAA